AUGCCACCAUGCCACGCUCAGGGUGAAUCGGACGAGUAUGAAGAGCGCGAUCUGGGAGAGAUCGCUGCUGCCAACCAGGCUGCGCAGGAGCAAAGGUGGGGACCGCACGCUGCUCCUUCCGAGGCUCCUGCCCGGUACGACUUCUACGCGGACCAGCUUCAGUACGUCGGUCGAUACGUCUCGAUGCCCAUCAUGCCGGGCAGUCUUGACCCGACACACUACGACGGCGGCUUCUACGUGGCACCACCCGCCUCAGGAGCAUAUGAGCCCAUGUAUGAAGGCUACAAUGCACCGAGCUACGGAGCGCCGUCGAUAGCCUCGAGACAGACUUUAGGCGGGCGGUCGCGUCACAGCCUUCCCGCCUACUCGACAGCGCCCACGCAUCCUUCGGUCAGCCCGCCAGCUUCAGAGCCGCCCAACAUCUUCAACGUCAACGCAGCACACCACCUGCCUGGGACUUCUGCACACCCGCAAGACGCCCAACACGGUGGACGUAUCGGUGACUCUCUACCAGGCUUUCCGAGUUGGUCUCACGCAUGGUACGGCGGCCACCUCUCGGCUGAUGGUCAUGCGUACACCAUGGUGCCGCCAGGCUCUGGCCAGAGCGGGUGGGAGAGCGAGUCGUUCAGCAAUGGUCGCUACGGCCCUCAGUCACCGCCCAGCCCCUAUGGACCCUACCCAUACGAUCGCACACCUACGAACGAUCAAGUCAAGGAAGAACGCAUCCGCAUGUUGGAGAAACAGUUCGGACCCAAAGUGUCGCGCAAGGGCAGAGGCGACGGAAGCGCGGACGACGAGGAAGAAGAGCCGGAGGAGGUGCCAAUAGGCGGUGUCAACGCAAAAGGGCGACUCGUUCUUCCACGUCACAAGCUCCGUAUCGCCACGCGAUGGUUGCAGUGUCUCGUCUCGCUAGGAGCAGCAGGGAUGGGCAUCGGCGGCUUCAUCCUUAUCCGACCAGCCGACAAAGCGCCCCCAUCUGGUACUUUUCCCUCCUUCGUGCUGUACGGCGUUUCGGUUAUCUCGACGCUUGUGUGCCUGUGGCUCUUCGCGUUCAAGCCAUGCUGUUGCUCCGGACGCGAUCCGGCUGGCGCUGGAGCAAUGGGUGUUGGUGCUCAAAAUGGUAUGGUCAUCCCAGUCAUGACUUCUGGAAAUGGCGGAGGCAAAGCAGGCAAGAAGAACAAGAUGCACCCCGGCCCUUCGGUUAACAUCAUUGUCGAUUCGACUCUCCUCGGAAAGCGCACCGACGACACUGAUACCGAGAGCGACUCUGAUGCCGAGACGCUUCCAGGAGAUGCGCGUCGACGCAAGAAACGUCGAGCAAAGAAGCGACGCCAGUCGGACGCUCUGGCCACCAUGAAGAUGCAAGCCCGCUGGCACGUAGCACGCAAAAGCCUCAAAUGGGAUUGCGGCUGGGACGUCGUGCUGUGUCUGCUGUGGGGCACGGCAGCCGUGAUGGCCCUCGUAGUGGGCAAGAAGUGCCCCGCUGGAACAGGCAGUGGCUGGUGUAACCUGUACAACGGCGCUAUUGCAUGCUCUGUCGUCGCUACAGUGCUCUUCCUAGUCGCCAUCUACUGCGAUGUUGUCGGAUUGCGCGCUUCCAAAGCACCGCCAAAGACUCGUGCCUAG